UCGAACGCGGUCCGAACACAACAUCGGCAAAAAACCGCUUGACCUCACCAGCGUAUAAGAGUACACCAUUCGGCGCGUACUGCGUCAACUGUCUCCGGGCCACGUUCACCCUCGACAUCGCGUACGGCAUCCGCUUCACUGCAUGCGUUGUUGCCCUCUGUAUUCGUUGAAGCAUCAAGAAGGUGUCGUCCUUGUUACUGCUUCGCACAUCUACUCGAGUUGGUCCUCCUGCCGGAAUAUUGGGCUGCCUUGAGAACGUCCUCGAACUUGACCGGUACCUACGAAGUUCGUUUAAUCUGCCAUGGUCACGCUUGAUGGCGAAUAUCGUAUUGCUGUGCUACAUCAAGCUGCGCCAACUCCAGCCAUUGGAGGGGUGUUGAAGCCGGUUAAGCCGGGCGGCUAUAAGGAUAGCUCUGCUGACCUUGCGUAUGCCUUGCAUCUGGAAUCGCAGGACGCGUGCACACCGUCAAUCAAGUUGAUCACCCCCUCAUCUUCCCCCGAUCCAUCUAAGGACGCCGACUGGUCGUUCGGCGACUACAAGGAGACUAUCCUUGAAGUGAUCGAGAAACAUGGAGCCAACGUAUUAUGGGCGAACACCAACGUGCAUUCUGCACACGCCCUAUUGGACAUUGCGAAACAGCAUCCGGACAUCCUCAUGGUUGGGCAAGAUCCGCGCCAUGUCGACAAUUAUGACGACAAAGCUUGGGUAAACCGCUGGUUACAGUCGCAUGCUGGCCUAGAAGGCACGUUUCCCCAGACAUGGAUCGUUCCCCGCGACACUCCCGAGGUCCUUGCAUCCAUCCCGCUUCCUGUCAUAAUCAAACCUGUUCGAGGUCGAGGUUCUCAAGGCGUUGCGUAUUGCCGGACUUCGAAUGAAUUGGAACAGAGGGCGAAGAAACUCUGGGAAACGGGAAGCCGCGUGGUAAUCGAAGAGUUUUGCUCCGGCGAGGAAGUCACUAUCACAGUUCUACCGCCUGGGACCUACGAUCCUCCUGUUGGAGUCAAGGACAAGCAUUGGGCAUUGCCCGUUGUUCGGCGUUUUGAUCAUACGGAUGGCAUUAUGCCUUAUAGCGGCGGUGUCCCGGUCACCGCGAAUUCUACCCUCGUCCCGUUGGAAGAAGCUUCUGUUGAUCCUGAAUACGCACGCCUGCAGAAACGCUGCGAACUUGUGGGCCAAGCUCUCGGAACGCUCGCCACCAUACGAAUCGAUGCUAGAAGGCGAGGCCAAACGGCGUCUGGGAUGGAUAGAGAGUUCGCCCUCUUCGAUACGAAUAUGAAACCGAACAUCACUGGACCGGGAAGACCAGGACGAGAUGAUCAAGCCGCAUUGACCGUCCUUGCCGCUGGAGGACUCGGGUGGUCAUACCGCGACCUGGUGCGCAAUAUGCUGCGCCAGGCGGUAAAGCUUCGAUGCCUUCUAUAAUCGCCUCAUCAAACCAUCGGCUUCAGUAGAUCAGUUGAAUGAUAUUCAUGAGGGAGCGUUUAGCUUGAAGCGCGAGGGAAGUGACUGAUGACGUGACAUUUCGUGACAGACGCGUUCGUUGCAGUAGUAAUAUUACGUAGUAUGUACAUAAUAAGUAACAGUUAC